AAGGCCCUCAUUGGUCGCCUUUGUUGGCUCAGCGUCAGGAAACAUCUGACAGCCUGAGCCAGGGGCCCUGGGAGAGUGCAGUACCAGGGAACGUGUAUAAAUGUCUCUCCAACAGACCGCCUGAUCAAACCUCUGGACCUCUGAGAAGAAGCCUUACUGAUCUGUUUCCAUAAAGAUGAAUCUUCAGACGUUGCCCAUCAUCCUGCUGGUCGUUUGUCACGCCCAGGCUUUCCAGUACGCCCAGCUGGCCCAGUACAUUGAUGACCACCAAGAGGAACAUGUUGAGGCUCUCAGGGACUGGGUGGCAAUCGAAAGUGACUCGAGCAACAUUCAUAAAAGACCAGAGCUGCACCGUAUGAUGGAGAAGGUGGCUGAGAAGCUGCGACUGAUGGGAGGGACCGUGGAACUGGUGGACAUCGGAGAGCAAGAGCUUCCAAACGGGCAGAUGUUAGCCCUGCCCAACGUAGUGACGGCGCGGUUUGGGAGCGACCCUGGCAAGCACACGGUGUGCGUCUACGGUCAUGUGGAUGUCCAGCCGGCGAAGCUGGAGGACGGCUGGGCUACGGAUCCCUACAACCUCACAGAUAUCCAAGGGAAUCUAUAUGGAAGAGGAACGUCAGACAACAAGGCUCCAGUUUUAGCCUGGAUUCACGCUGUGAAGGCGUACCAAGCCCUCAGCAUGGAUUUGCCAGUAAACGUGAAGUUCCUGAUUGAGGGCAUGGAGGAGACCGGCUCUAACGGCCUGGAUGCCAUGAUCCUGGCCCAGAACCACACCUUCUUCUCCGAUGUGGACUACAUCAUCAUCUCUGACUGUGGCUGGCUGAGCAGACGACCCGCCCUCACCUACGGCACCAGAGGGAACUGCUACUUCUAUGCUGAGGUUGAAGGUUCGAGGCAGGACUUACACUCUGGUGUUUAUGGAGGAACGGUGAUCGAACCCAUGACUGACCUUAUUGGCAUUCUCGACACACUGAUCAGCCCCAGUGGGAAGAUUCUGAUCCCGGGGAUCCGGGAAGCAGUGGCUCCGCUGUCGGAUGAAGAGUGGAAGAUGUAUCAGGAUAUCGAGUUUGACGUGGAUCACUACAAGAACAAGAUCGGCGUCGGCCAGCUCAUGUACAACAACAAGGUGGACCUGCUGGCCCAUAGGUGGCGCUACCCCACUGUUUCCAUCCACGGUAUUGAGGGAGCCUUUUCUGACCCUGGAACUAAGACCGUCAUCCCUGCUAAAGUCACGGCUAAGUUCUCCAUAAGACAAGUCCCAGACAUGGACCCGGCCACAGUCAAGAAGCAGGUAACAGACUACCUUCAGUCUGUGUUUGCCAAGAGGAGGAGUCCUAACAAGCUGACGGUUACCAUGGUGAUUGGGGCCAAGCCCUGGCUGGCUGACACUCAGCAUCCACUCUAUGAGGCUGGAAAGGCAGCUAUCAAGAGGGUUUUCAACAUGGAGCCUGAUCUGAUCCGUGAGGGCGGGACCAUCCCUAUUGCCAAGACCUUCCAGGAUGUGACGGGGAAAAGCAUCAUCAUGAUGCCCAUCGGAGGCUUUGAUGAUGGGAUGCACUCCCAGAACGAGAAGAUCAGCAGGUACAACUAUAUUGAAGGAACCAAGUUAUUCAUCGCCUACCUGAAUGAAAUCGCCCAAAUUAAGACCAGCGUGUGACCAUGACAAGGAAAGAUCCCUCCAUCCGUCCAUCCAUCCGCCUACCCAUCUAUCUAUCUAUCUAUCUAUCUAUCUAUCUAUCUAUCUAUCUAUCUAUCUAUCUAUCUAUCUA